AUGGCGGAGCAGCAGAAGAAGCUGCAGGACCUCACUGACGAGUUCCAGAAGCUCCAGAGUGAACUGCAGAGCGUUGUCGAUGGUCGCCAGAAACUCGAGUCGCAACAACAAGAGAACAAGGGCGUUCAGCAGGAGUUCGAGAAGAUCGCCGACGAUGCCAACAUCUACAAGCUCGUGGGCCCCGUGUUGCUGAAGCAGGACAAAUCCGAGGCCGUUUUGGCUGUGAGCGGGCGCUUGGAGUUUAUUGAGAAAGAGAUCAAGCGCAUCGAGGGACAGAUCAGCGAGAUACAGGAGCGCAGCGAGAAGAAGAAGAUUGAGAUCAUCACUCUGCAAACUGAGAUGCAGCAGCUGCAGCAGCCUGCCGCCGCAUGA